AUGUAUGACAUGACACCCAUAAGACACUUGCCAGUGAUCUUCGUGAACGGUGUCCCAGGGGCUGGGAACCAAACGGUGGCGCAGACCAUAUCCAGCAUGACCGGGUACACCAUGAUCAGGCCCGGAGAGCUGGUGCGCUCCGAAGCAGUGAAGGAUACCGCCAGGGGACGCCUAAUCGCUGACAAGCUGCAAUCACAGGAGGAUAUACCAGAGCAAUUGACAGUAGACAUCAUAAAAGAGGCAAUGCUCCAGCAGCAGGACUCCUCAGGCUUCAUCCUGGUAGGAUUCCCGAAGAACCCUCGCAUGUCCAACAUGUUCAACCGGCAGGUCAAGUGGCCGGAGAAGGUGGUCGCGCUGGAAGUGGAUACUGAAGUAGCAGCGAGCAGGCUACAGAGCAAGUUGUCGGAGCUGGGGCGGCCGGCGGCGGAGAUCAGCUCGGCGAGGCAGAUCGUGCGCGAGGCGGCGAACAAGGUCAAGAGUGUGCACAAGCGGUUUGGAGGACACGUUAUUACGCUGGACAGCAGCAGCAACCCCAAGGCAUUGGCAACGACACUCAAGCAAAUGCUCUUUGAUACAAUAGAAAAGGGGCAAAGACGACAAUCCAAGCUGCAGAUACCUAUCUCGGCGUCUGCACCGGCAACCAACUCACCCUCUGCACCCGCAACCAACUCGCCCAUGACCAACGCACCCGUGGCCAACGCACCCGUGGCCAACGCAUCCAUGGUCAAUGCCCCCGUGGCCAACGCAUCCGUGGCCAACGCCCCCGUUGGCAACGCAUCCGUGGUCAACGCACCCGUGGCCGAUGCACCCUUAACCAGUCCUCCCCCGUACCAUACACCUUCAUAUAACUUACCCACCUAUGAAUCCGUGCCGUCUACUUUGCCAUCAGACUUGCAAGAAGCGUAGCGGUUUUGUGAUAGUUUUAUAUCGAUCAACGCCUUAAGUCUAUGGACCAAUGUUUAGCUAGAUACCGUUCGCCGUUAAUCUAUGCGUCCCGAAUUAUUUAUAUAUAAACUUAAUAAUUUGUGUCAUGCACAUAUUUGUGCAUCCUAUUUUAGCUUUUGAAUCUAUGCUAGUAUCGAACCACCUAUAUGAUGCCACUGAAAGUAAUUUAAUCUCUUACUUUUGAAAAUAUUUUUUUCCGAUAAUGCGUGAAUUUCUUUUUUUCACAAACCCCUAUUUGAACUACUGGUAGAUCCCUAAAAGCUACAGGGUACUAAUAUUGCUGGGGUCCGAUGUAUAUGCAAACAUUGUUACCCUUAGACUAAUAACCAAUAGACUCGCAACACCAACAACAAAUAACAAAUUUAAACAAUCAUACUAAUCGUAGUGUAUCGAUACGUCAAGGACUCCUUUUUCGGGGCACAUAAAACGGCUUACGAAUCCUGCGACUAUCUAUAUAAAUCUAAUUUUAUUGAGAAUAAUACAGUGUGUGCAUCUAACUGAAAUAGUUAUGAAUCAAUGAGAUGUCUACUAAAUUUACGUCCGUGGUCUCAGUAGCGCAUCCAUCUAGCGUCCGUGUUACUGUAUGCGUCCGAUAUUUUGCGUACGCGGGCGCGUAGUGAUUUUGAAAUAGUUUUCUAUGAAACCAAGGCUAAAGCAAUGCGUCUAUUUUGUGUCCGAGCUCGGACGAUUGUGUAGGUGUGGCCUUCGCUUCGAUAUUACGGUAUUGUUAUUAUGUAAUUUAUUAAUUUUAUUAUACCUAUUACAUGAUAUGGUUUAAUAAUUAUGACUUUUUAUUUCAUCUUCUAUUUUUACUAAGGAAACAAUCAGGUAGGCAGGUCCUUUAAGGUCCCUGCUAGCCUACCUUGCGUUAAGUGACAAACCAAACAAGGCACUUCACAAUCAGUGGUGUGU